CGCCUCUGCUCCGGCGAGAGUUUCCACUUCCGGAAGGUUCUCUUCCAGAUGGACGCGGCGCGUGACGAGGGGAAGAAGCGGAGCGCGAAGGAGGAGGCGGAGGCGGAGGUGCACCAGGCGUUCCGGCGCGCCGCCAACGCGCUCUCGCAGUUGUACGCGCAGGGCGUCGCCAGCCAGAAGGCCAACUUCCGCGACGGCGAGCGCAGCGCCAUGGAGACUGUGCUUCAGUGGAUAUCCAGUCAGCAUGAAGAAGCAUCAGUGUCUGCUGCUGAUGUACUCGCCUACGUGCAGGAUGAGAUCGAGCGCAGAGGGGGCAUGGCAGGGUCUCCUCAGCAUUCAAGUCCACAGCCAGCAAAUGAUUCCCCUUCUGCAGAUAUCCAAACUAACACCUCCCCCUUCGGAAAUGUGGCGGCUGCACUUGACUCUCACCAGUGGCAAACUGAUCAAACAAGAACUGCAAGCAUCUCAAAUGCUUUCCCCAGCCCUUUGCAGCAAAACUUCCAAGCGUUUCAUCCUGUUCAGUGUUCAGGAUAUGGCCCGGAUGACUCCCCGUCAGCUGGAGAUAGAGAUCGGAGCAGCCACUCUCCCGAGAACCAGGACUUGGUGCAAGGCGAUUCGUCCGGGAACUCUUCGGAUAUGGAUCAUGAUACUCAUUGAAGCUGUGAACCAGAUGAAAGGUGGUAACUUGUUUGUCUAGUUCCUUUGAAGCCUUUUUCUCCAGGACACAGUUCCUUUGGAGCCUUGGAUAUCAAAUCAUGGUUUGCUGGGGGAAGUCCCCCAUGGUUGGUGCUUCCCUCCAGGACUUGCUUGCCUCCGUGCAAAGCUCAGCUGCGAUUGCUGUGAGACCAUUGUCUCCGCUAUCCUGGGACCUUGUAAAUGACAGACAGAACCAAUCUUUGCAGUCCUUUCUGUCGACUUGCGGAAUGAGCUCACCUGCUGUCCAUGUUACUGAUUAGAAGAUAGGAUCAGGAGAACUGUCCAGGCAUAAUUGUGCCUGCAUUGUCAGUUCCUUUUCCUGUGCAUACUAGAUGACCAUUGUCUGGUUAACAGGGAUCAAUUUCGCUGUGGUUUUGCAUAUUAGUUACUGAUAUCAUUGGUAUGUUCUCUGUGUAUCUGUAAAAGAUUCUUUAGCGCAGAAAGAGAGAGCGGAUUGUUUCAUUCUUUUUUCUGUAAAGUUUGUUGUUUGAACAUCUCUAGCUUGUAAUACACAAUAAAGUUUUGUAUGGGUUACCA